AUGGCGACACCAACAGCUCUUGAGCGCAUGAAUCGCGGAGUGCUCCAAGUAGCCUCAGCACCUUUGCGCAUCCUCCAUUAUGCGUCUACUGAACCGUUGAUCACGGGAGCAGCACUUUUUGCGCUCACCCGUGCACCUAUACAAUACCGGCAUCGUCUGCUCUCCGCGCUACGCGACAGAGGUGUCUCGAUUGACGGUAUCGCUAGGCUUGUCAAGGUUUUGAAACUGCUUCUCGGCAUCGGUGUGCUCCGGAGGCUCAACAGGGCUCUCACCGCUCUCGCGCUGAAUAUGUGGCACUUGCGAAAGCCAGGAGCUCCCUUUCAGUUUGGCAUGGCCGGAAAGCCAGAAAUCGUUGUGGUCACAGGAGGGUGCAGCGGGUUCGGUUACGAAAUGGUCAAAGGCUUCAGUAAAUACGCGAGAGUGAUCGUUCUCGAUAUCAGCCCGAUACCCCCCGAGCUGGCAAAAAUCCCAGAUGUACAUUACUACCAGCUGGAUCUGUCGGACUUUUCGGCCAUUGAAUCCACUGCGGAACAAAUUCGCCAGGAGCAGGGCAAUCCGAGCGUACUUAUCAAUAACGCUGGGAUCGCUACAGGCACUUCGGUGAUUGACAGUAGUGCCAAACUAACGGAGAGAAUCUUCAAAGUCAAUAUCGCAUGUCACUUUAUUCUCAUCAAGGAGUUCCUACCUGCGAUGCUACGAGCAAGAAAGGGCCACAUUGUCACGAUCGCUUCCAUGGCUAGUUUUUUGGCCGCGCCAGGUCUUGUCGACUAUUGCUGCACAAAAGUUGGGGCGUUGUAUCUCAAUGAUGGGCUUCGCGCUGAAUUGCGGGAUAGAUAUGAAAAUGGCGACUGCAUUCAAACAACUUCUGUGCACCCAAGCUGGCAUGAUACAGGCAUAGUCAAACCAUUCACGCGGAUAUUAAAGAAGAAUGGUGUGAGAAUGGACCCACCAAGCAACGUCAGUGAUGCAGUCAUUGAGCAGGUUCUUUCUAGCAGAAGUGGCCAGAUCUUCAUGCCCAGGGGUGAAGAAAGAGGUACACACGUCAGGAGCUGGCCUGUUUGGCUGCAAGACGCAUAUUUCUACACGCAGCGGAAGAGAAGUCUUGCGGCAGACUAA